AUGGGUCUUAUUAAGACAGGCCUCGCUCUUGCUGGAACCUAUGGCCUCAUCAAAGCAGCAUCAAAAGCCGCCAACGACCACGAAGACAAGAAGUUGAAGCGCAAUAACCAGGCACAACAGUAUAAUGGCCACAAUUACCAAAUGAAUGAUGGUCUUGCUAUGAACAGUCCAGGCUAUCACCAGGGUCAUGGAUAUGGAGUUGCCAGAGAUCUGCCAUUCGACGGAAACUCGCAGCAUUUGAACCAAGCACCCCAAUCUCGUGGCUAUGAAUUGCAACAUAACCAUGGACGAGUUAUCAGCGCUUCUCCGCCUUCUUAUUAUCAAGGGAACCAUCAUGAUGUGCAGCGAAAUGGAGGCUCAGGACCGGCUCAGUAUUCUCAGCAGUACUAUCCAUCCGACUCGAAGCGAUAA